AUGGUGCUCAUUGGCGCAUGGAAGAACAUGGACGACGUGAUCAACAACUCGGGUGUAGCCCUCGUGCUCACCCUGGCACGCUACAUGAAGCGCUGGAGUCUCUGGAGCAAGGACGUCAUCUUCCUGAUUUCUGGAGACAGCACCAUUGGGCCGCAAGCUUGGGUUGAUGCGUACCACAACGAGCACGACGAGCGGUACGUGGAGAGCCUGAAGAUCAAGAGCGGGGCACUACAGGGCGCUGUUGCCGUCGACUAUCCUGCUGGGCCUUGGGGACAUCGCUACGACAAGCUGCACGUUGUGUAUGAUGGAGUGAAUGGUCAGCUGCCUAACUUGGAUCUGUUCAAUACUGCUGUUCAGGUCGCGGGUGGACAAAUGGGCAUCGACUGUUCCAUCCAGCGCAUGUUCGGCCAGGACGACACCUACAAGCAGCGCCUCACAACCAUGGCUCGCGGCAUGCUUUCCCAGGGUCUCGGUCACGCGACUGGCCCUCAUUCAUCAUUCAUCCCAUACCACGUCGAUGCCAUUACGCUCGUCACCGUCGGCGAUGGCUGGCACGACGAAAUCUCUCUCGGACGAACCGUCGAAUCGCUCUUCCGCAGCCUCAACAACCUCCUCGAGCACCUGCACCAGAGCUUCUUCUUCUACCUCCUCAUGCACUCGAAGCGCUUCGUCAGCAUCGGCACAUACCUCCCCUCCGCCAUGCUGAUCGCCUUCAACUUCAGCAUCACCGCGCUCGCACUCUGGGUCAAGAGCGGGCAGCCCACUGAAUCCGCGAAACCCGCACCUACCGGACGCCUACCGCCCAAGGACUCGAAGCCCGUUGCAGUAGAAGAUAAGAAACCGUCUUCCGAGGCUUCUGAGACCGACGUAGUCACAGAUGGCAAGGACGUGAGCAUAGUCCCCAAGACCACGACUGCCGUAAUCGAGCGCCCCCUCCUCCUCCCUGUCCUCGUCGUCCUCGCCACCCACGCCGCCGGCCUGGUGCCCAUGUACUACUUCAACUCGUGGGAUCUCGACAUGCUGAUGGGCAUUUUCCUAACGAGCGCAAACCUCGCCGUCCUCUUACCCGUCGGCCUGGCAUUUAUAAACUACUACGCCCUCGAACCAUCCCUGACGGCACAGCAAAUCACGCUCAUUCAGUCUUUCUCGUUGCUGUUGCUGGGUAUGUUCUUGGCUGCGCUGGCGACGCUGAAUUUCUCUCUGUCGUUUAUCAUUGGCGUACUCACUACGCCGCUGAGUUUCGUGCGCAAGGUCAAACACUCUGGUUUGACGUUCUUGCAGCUCGGGGUGCUGGUCGUGUUGAACCCGAUUAUGGUGGCGCAGUGGAGUGCGUAUUUGCUAGGCGCGGAUCUGGCAGAGGUGUUGAGAAUAAGUGCGAUUGGGUGGCAUGUUUGGGGUAUGUGGACGCAGGUGGUUGUGUGGAUUGUUUGGGCGCCUGCGUGGGUGGUGGGUGCGACGAUUGUGGCCGGGGGGUUGUUUGAGUGA